AUGCCCACACAGAACAUUGUCAAUCACCCUACCAUCGGGAUUCUCCGGGGAAUAGAACGCUUUCCCAGAGUACACCAGUUCCUUGGUAUCCAGUAUGCAACGCUCCAGGACAGGUUUUCCAGGGGCGAGCUGCUUGAGGAAUACCCGCCUUCAAGCGAAAUUAAAGACGCCACCAAGUUUGGGCCUUUACCCUUGAGCCCCACCAAUGGGUGCCAGCAUGAGCAGGCGAUCAUCCAGAGAAAACUACCGUUUGAGCCUUUCCACUACUCCGACACCCAAUGUCUCACUCUCAAUAUCUCGGUGCCAGUCUCCGACGCCCCCCGGAGCCUUCCAGUCAUGGUCUUCAUUCAUGGCGGCGCCUUUGCCACGGGCAGCAGCUCGUUUCCACAGGUUGACCUGGCCCCCAUUACGAACAUGAGCAUCGAAAUCGGCAAACCUAUGAUUUGUGUCGGUAUCAAGUACGUCGCAGUCCCCACAUGGACAGGCUGA